AUGUCUUGUACAACGCACGAUGAUGACUACUGGGAUUAUGACACUCCAUCCGAAUGGCAAAAGCAUUUUCCUUCAGCAGCUGGACUGUGCCAGUCACCAAUCGACAUCAAUACGCAUCGAACGAUUGCAUGUCAUUAUCCUCCAUUCGUUUUUUCUGAAAAAUAUCAUUCGAAUGAAUUAUUCAAAUUGAUUAAUAGUGGCUUUCAAGUCACUGCAACGCUAGCUGAACAUACAAACGGUCAAAGCGAAAAGGAUCUAUGGUUUAUCGGAAGCGGACUACCCGGUCGAUUCUAUUUCGUCAAUUUUCAUUUACAUUGGGGUCGCAAUGACCGACAUGGAUCCGAACAUGAAAUUGACGGUCAUCGAUAUCCAGCCGAAGCACACGUUGUCUUCAAAAACCGCGAAAGUGAUCAAAUAGCUGUUUUUGCAUAUUUGUUUUUCGUUACGAAUCAAAUGCAAAAAGGGAACAAAGAGUGGGAAAAGUAUUGUGAUGCUGCCAGUCAACUGACCACCAUUAACGACACCGUUCAGUGUAUGUUCAAUCUUAGUCAAUUGAUGCAAGCAAAUGAAAGACAGUUCUAUCGCUACACUGGCAGUUUAACAACGCCACCAUGUACUGAAGGUGUUGUUUGGACGAUAUUUACUGGUAAAAUCGCAAUAAAAGAAGAAAGUUUGAACAAACUUCGUCAAAACGUCAUGCGCAAAGUCUAUCGGCCCGUUCAACCAUUGAAUGGUCGAACAAUAUUUCGAAAUUAUUAA